AUGGCCCAGUCGCAUAAUCUUGGUAACGAUUCGCUCGUUAGUCAUGCUUUUAAUGGCGAUGGAACAGAAUUGGCUCUCUCCGUUAAUACAAGUGAUGUUUAUUUGCUCAGUGUUCCCAAGUCUCCCAGUGGGAGAUACCAAGUGAUCGACGUUCUUCGGGAACAUAGUGCUGUAGUUACUAGCAUAGACUGGGCACCACAAACUAACAGGAUUGUUUCAUGUUCCGCUGACCGCAAUGCUUAUGUGUGGAAUAAACAAGGGGAUAAAUGGAAGCCUACUGUGGUCAUUCUCUCGAUCGAUAGAGCUGCAGUUUGCGUAAAAUGGUCUCCACUAGAAGAUCGUUUCGCAGUUGGAAGUGGUUCUAGACUUCUAGCUGUAUGCUGCUUUGAUGAAGAGAAUAAUUGGUGGCUUAGCAAGAAGAUUAAAAAGCCCAUACGCUCUACUGUGCUUUGUGUUGAUUGGCACCCAAAUAAUGUUCUUAUUGCCUGUGGAUCAAGUGACUUCCAUGUGAGGAUAUUCUCAGCUUAUACAAAAUCUGGUCCUUCGGAUUCAGUGUGGGGCAAACAUGCUCCUCUUGGCAGUGUAUUGUUCGACCACUACGAUGGAGAAGGUGGUUGGGUACUAAGUGUAUCAUUCUCAGCAGAUGGAAGUAAACUAGCCUGGAUGAAACACAAUUCAACAAUAUAUGUAGCUGAUGCAAGCAUUAAUGAUGGUAAAAGUUCUGCGCCUUUUGUUGCUCGUCUUCGAACUGACUUUUUACCUUUUGUGAGUUGCAUUUGGAUUGGACCGUCCACCUUCGUAGCAGCUGGCUAUGACUGCUGUCCUAUGGCAUUUAGAUAUAGUGACCAGUCGAUAACUUUUAUCCAUCAAUUGGAUGUCAAAGGUGAAUCACGGUUUGGUGGGAAGGUAACAGCCAUGAAGAAGUUUCAGGAUAUCGAUCGUAUGGCCACAGCGGAUAAUACUAGUUCACGUUUACCAACAAUCCACCAAAACUGUAUUAACGAAAUCCGAAUUUUUAAAGGCGAUAGGUCAAUGGCUUCACAACUUAGUUCAAUCGGACGUGAUGGCAAUUUGGUGAUGUGGAAUUUGCCUACUCUGUGCCAGCAAGUAGCGGAAUUAAAAAUAUUUUAAAGACGUUAACUACUCAAUUGCCCUGGAGAAAGCCAUUAUCUCUAUCAGACAUCUUGCUUUCACACUGUGAUCAGUGCUUACAGACAACAAUUCAACCGUGCUGCUGCUUUUUUUUAUAACUUUGGUCACUUUUUUAACUUUUACCCUGAAUAAUUUCUGAUUGUUUACUUGAUUUCUUUAUGAGUUGUGUGUGUGAAUGUUUGUUUGAAAAAAAAUGUUAAUAAUAUAUGCAUGUAUGCAUUAUACUCUACUCUUACUAAAGAGUAGGGUUUUCAAGUUGAAUGAGAUGAGUUUAAUUUAUUGGUAUUAGGACAAGAUGAUUUUGAGUGAACAGUUGUUUUCGAUAACUUCUUCUUCUGUCUUUAUAGUUAUCAAUCCAUGACUAUCAAAAUACAAACAGCCAGUAAAGGCA